AUGGUGAAAGGUUGCAUGCUAAGGUUGGGAUACAUAGGUGCAUUGAACACAGGAAAUUAUCUGAAGUCGAAAUUUCAGAAGUCUUUCAAGUUUCUAAUUCAUUGUAUUCUUAUUUUGCUAAGUCACCCGAAGGGUAGCUAUGAUCAGAUGAGAGAUUAUCAGAUGAAUAUGUUAACGGCAUUAGUGUUGAACAAGAAGUAUAACUUCUCGCAUAUAGUGUUUCACUAUAUGGCAGAAAAUAUUACUACAAAUGUUAAAACAUGGAGGUAUCCGCGGUUUGUGCAGAUGUUGAUCGAUCACGCAUAUCCGGGAAUUGAUAGGAACAUUAAGGAUGAUUUACUUGAGCAAGCUCAUAUGUCGAAUAACACUUUGAAGCAGUUGGCGAAAUAUCAUCCAGAGCCAGAUCUUGUUGUUGAAAACUUAAGCUUUAUCAAAGAUGGGAAUUAUGUUGAUCCUGAUCCUGAGAAUCAUCAGAACUGGAGGAAUCAGGAGGAAAUGAAAGAGGAGUCUGGACGUAGACGUAGACUAGCAACUCCUAUUGCAGAACAAGGUGAAGGAUCUUCUUCUAAGCCGAAGAAGAAACAAAAGAAGAAAGUUCAAACAGUGUUAAUUGAUGAGCCUGAUGAAGAUGUUCCUACUGCGAAUGUUGAAAAGGAACAAGAGGUAGCUGGAGGUGAAGAUAUAGAAAUUAAUGCAGAUUUGUUUACGACAGAUACAAAUUUUGUUGAAAAUGUUGUGCAGACUGUCACUUCAAAUAUUCAGAAAGAGAAAGAGAAGGUGAUCGAUGAUAUUGAAGGUGAUGAUGUUGAUAAAGAAACAACUAGUUCUUCAAGUUCAUCAGAUGACGAAGUGAUAGAUGAGGUUGAACGUGAAAGAAGAGUGAGAGAAGAGGCUGAAAAAGAAAAGUUGAUCAGGAAGAGAAAGAGGCAAGAACAGCAGGAUGCUCCUUAUGUUCCUUCACCCGAGCAUAUUUCUGAAUCACAAUCAACUCCAAGAGGUAGAAAGAAAGCUGCUGGUCGAAAGAAAGCAAUGCCAAAAAUUAGAAUCUCAAAACGACCUCAGAAGAUUGUGCAGAAGAAGCAACCUGAAGUAGAAAGUCAAAAGCCUCCAACACCUUCACGUGAUCCAACACCUCCACAUGAACCAAAACCUCCACAAUCACCUAUUCACCAAUCUCCACCAAGACAGCCUACACCUCCACAACAUUCAUCACCACCCAGACUUCCUACACCCCCAAAUCAACCAUUACCUAUUCCUCAAUCAACACCACAACAACCAUUUAUAUCUUCACAAGAUAUUUUUGGUACACCUCCACUUUCACAAAUACAACAUGGUUCUUCAAGUAGAGGUCUGCAGACACCACAAGAUAAUUUGCUAGACGUUGGUGAUUUCGACUUUGCAAAUACUUCGCAAGUGUUGAAAUUGGAAAAGAAAAUGGAGAAUGUGAUAGCAGAGAACAAAAGGUUGGCAGCUGAGAACAAGAAGGCAGCUGAUAGAGAAAAACUAUUUGUGAAUCGUGUUCAGGAGUUAGAAAAAAAGGUUGAAGCUGAUCAAACCAAGAUUGAUAUCUUAAAAGUUCGUGUAUCUGAACUUGAAGAAGAAAAGAAUCGACAUGAUGCACAGAAUGAAUACUUCAAGUUAAAACAUAAAGAGCUGAAUGAAGCUAAAAGAGCAAGAGAUCAUGAGUUUUAUAUGCUAAACAAAGUUGUUGAAAGUAUGCUGGGAUCUUCUGUAGAAUAA